AUGUCCCGAGAGGCAGGCUCAUGCCGCCUGGGCCCUGGGGCACGGGCCCGGGCCCGGAAGCCCAAGAAGCCGCACUACAUCCCGCGGCCUUGGGGCAAGCCCUACAACUACAAGUGCUUCCAGUGCCCAUUCACCUGCCUGGAGAAGUCGCACCUAUACAACCACAUGAAGUACAGCCUCUGCAAAGACUCCCUCUCGCUGCUACUUGACUCCCCGGAUUGGGCAUGCCGCCGCGCCCCGGCUGCACCCCGCCCCAGUGAGCCCAUCCCAGACCACCCUUCUGACCCCACGGACCCAGGCAACCAUCCCCAAAGAGCGCAGCUCCCGGAUGCUCCCUCCACACCCAACCUUGUUGGCACCGACGUCCUCUCCCUGCACCGCUGUGUUGGGGGCUCCAAACUGGGGGCUGAGGGGUCCCCAGGAACACCAUCCCUUGUAGCCAGAGAUGCCCAGAAGGGUGCGGGCCUUGGUGGGCUCUUGGCUGAGUCGUGGAAGCCAGGGCCAGGCAGGGGACCCAGGAGCAUGGUUGUGGUGGACUCAGUGGGUCCUGAGAACGGUGUCCCCUGUUAUCCCCCACCUACCUCCAGCGAGUUCCCUGAGGCCCAGAGCCUCCAGCUGUCCCUGCUGGGUGUCAACUACCCUCUGAGCCCCAGCCUCUUCUCCUACCUGGGACCCUCCCUGGCCGCUGCAGCCCACAUGCCCUUCCUCACCUCUGCCAGCCCGCUCCUGCCCCCGGCCACUGCCUUCCCUGCCCCACAGCCUCCCGAGCACCCAGCCCCAGUCCCCCGCCUAUACUACCCUCUUCUCCUAGAACAUAGUCUGGGGCUGCCAGCAGGCAAGGCUGCCCCUCCCAAGCCCCUGGCCCCUCCCAAGGGGGCCCCUGGGAUUCUUGCCCCUGGGCUACUGAGGAUGCCAGUACCUGGGCUGGGUGGGCCCUGGCCCUGUGGUGCUCCCAGGGACUCAGGGCAAGAGGGGAGGCUGGAGCUGGCGGCCCAGAGUGAUCCCAAGAGGAAGCUGCCCCUGGGAAUCAGGCUGGAGCCCCCGAAAGCCCCCUCCAACAUGGGCAAAUUUGGUUCCCAGAACAGCCUGCGGACUGGCCCCUCCGUGAUGCUCUGGCCUGAGGACAAGGAGCCAGACGACCCCGAGACCAUGGGCCCUGUGUCCCCCCUGCCCCAGCAGCCACCAGGCCUGGUGCUGGGGGGCCCUGGGCAUGUGGGUGAAGACCUGACACGGGUCCUCGGUGACUAUGCUAAAGUGGAGCAGCGCCUGGGGCAGUUGGCACCUGCCAGGGGCCUGGCCCCACGGCCUCUGCGGGAGCAGUUGGGCAAGAUUCGCCGGGAGCUGCUCACCAUCCAUCAGGCACUAGAGUGGGCCGUGAGGCCCCCGGACGUGCCCCUGGAUCUCUCCGUGAAACGGGCGCCCUCCAAGCUGCCCGAGGUACCCUCGGGGGCCUGGGAGCAGCCAGAGCUGGGCCCCACACUGGCCCGGGGGACCCCUGAGCCACCCAGAAUGCUAGGCCCCACAGUGGCUGAGCCUUUCUCUAGCCAUACCACCAAGUGUGAGGCUGACUCCAGUGUCCCGCCCCCAGGUCUCCCCCUCCAAGGUCCAGAUGACCCUGUCAUUCCUGGAAGUAGCUGGGGACACCGUGGCAGGACUGGGGGCUCCUGGCCCCCUGAGGCUGCACCUGGCCUGCAGAGCCCCCCAGGUGCUGAGGUCUGA